AUGUCUGAAGGCACUGUCACGUUUAUAACAAGUGACAACGAGCAACUGAUCACCGACUGGGAUGUAUAUCGUUGUUUUGGCAUAUUUUCGCCACCAGACAACCCUCCGAAUAGCUUGGAACCUAUCCCAUUACCACAAGUGAGCUCAUCCGUUCUCACAAAAGUGAUCGAAUACUGUGCUCAUCACGGAUAUGAUAAAUUACGGCCUAUCGAAAAAAGCCAAGAUGCUGAUGAUCCCAGAAAGCGACAAGUCUCUGAAAUUGGAGAGUGGGAUCAACAAUUUAUUCAAGUCGAUCAGGAAAUGCUUUUCGAGCUAGUUUUGGCUGCAAACUAUCUUGAUAUUCCUUCACUUCUUGAUGUCGGGUGUAAAACUGUAGCCAACCAAAUCAAAGGCAAGACUCCUGAAGAGGUACGGAAACACUUCAAUAUUGUUAGCGAUUUCACACCAGAGGAGGAGGCACAAAUAAAAAAGAGAAUGAAUGGGGUGAAGAUUGAUAGAAAUGCUCGUCGUUGUACCCAUUGUGUCGACCUGAACAUGGGAUAG